AUGGAAGCCGAAGUCACAGAAAAUUCAGAAAACGUUGCUCCUUCCACGGACCACUCACUUCUUAAACGCACAGAAGAGCUUAAGGAUGAAAAACGUGGCGAAACUGAAGCAGUUGGUGAGAAUCAACAGCAACAGAGAGCGGAGAUUGACGGACAAACCAGUGCUGGCGGUGGUGGUGGUGAUGGCGAAACACGUCAGGUUCGUGUUCGAAGGCAGGUGCAGCGGUUCUCUGAGACUAUGAGUAAGCGCUAUGCGGAUGAGCAGGCUGCAAAGGAGAAGGCCCAUGAUGCAGUGGCUGCCCAGUUGGCUAAGGGUUCUGGCACUCCCCUGAGCGAGAUUCCUCUGAUUGAGGCGUCCAUUCGCACAUGUAAACCCAUGGAUUUAAAGACCCUCCAUUACGCUUGCUUCGGUUGCGCUGGCGGUGUUGCUGAGGUUCGGUCAAAUUUACGCAAAUUUAACGGGUUUUCCUUUGAUCGCGAGUCGGAAGAAUAUGGGAAACGUGUACAGUUUCUCAACAAGAAGCCAGUGAAAGAAGUACAGAACGCUCUGCGUCAGCUUCAUCUCGAGGUGUCCGGUACGCGAGCCCAACUCGUUACACGUCUGCUCGAUUUCCUCCUCAAGCCCGUGGCAGACGCGGUGAAGUACAAGGGCAAGUUACCUCCCUCCAAGCGCAAACCAGGCGCCGGUCGCAAGUCUCUCUCCAAAAAGGAGGAGAGCAACAAGAAGGGGACAUCAAAGAAGUCAAAAAAGAGCAUAAAGGAGGGUGAGACGGAAAGCGAUGAACUUGGCGUCCUCUCUGAUGAUGAUGAACAAGGAGAAGAAGAAGGAGCUGAACCAGCAGCAGAGCCGGAAGGCGAGGAUGAGGAUGAAUAUGAAGAAGAAGAGGAAGAGGAGGAAUCAGGGAAAUCGGAUGCAGAUUACGCUCCGGGGAAGAAAGUGGUUAAGAAACGAAAGUCGACAGUUGUGGCGAGGAAGAGCAAGUCACCACGGAAAGCGAAGCGAAGGAAGAAGCAAGUGAUUGAAAGUGAUGAUGAUGAGGUCGACGAUUAUGAUAAAAGCUCUACUAAAGAAGAAAACGAAGUAGCGGAUGUAGAAGUUAAAAGCGCCAACGAUGAAAUGAAAGAGGCGAAGCAGGCGAAAGAGAUCGGUAAUGCAGAGGAAGGGGUUGCUGAUGUUGAGGGUGAUGCGUCACCGUCCAAUGUUGUCUCCCAUUCGGCGACCUUCCCCAGUGAUGAGGAGCUCAAAUCAAAGGUUUUGGACAUCUUGAAGACCGCCGAUCUCAAUGAGGUUUCCAUGAAGGUCGUGCGAAAUUCUAUUUCUGAGCAGUACAAAGACUUUGACCUCUCCCCUAAGAAGCAGUUUAUCAACUGUGUUAUUGAAGAGACUUCCGAAGCGCCCCAAUCCACUGUGGUCUAUCAUAGCAUAGAUCCAUCCGAAAAACGUCACAGAUGCUGUCAAGCCAUUGUUCUCUCGCCUUGGUUCUACACCUCCAGUGCGGGCUUAAUCACGGCUUUGGUGGUUGGUAUCUACCUUUUCUCUCAAUCAAAACUGAAGCCGAUUGAUAUCGACCGUUUGGAGGUGGCGAAAUGUCCCUCCUGUUUCGGCCAAUCGGUGUGUCCCGCCUUCUUCAGAGGUGAUGUCCGAUUGGCCACCUUCUAUGGCAGUCGGCCGAUCCAUGCUAGUGACUUUGAGAAGCUCGGUGAUCGGAUUGACGUGGAUUUGGGCAUGUUGGAAAGGAAACCAGCCGUCCUCCGUUGUCUUCAAUUCCCAGCCACUUCUGAGGCUGUCGACGUUGAGGUGUGUCGCCGUCAAAGAACCGAAGACCUUCAGGAGGGAUCACCGCAACCGCGCUGUGUUCCGCAUCUCUCUAUCUGGCGUUGGAUGCCCACCACGGGACCAGGAACUGGCGAUCCCAUCGGUGUAGACCUGCUUCGCUCCACAUCGACUUUUACGCGAUGCGCUUCAUCACGUCUCCUGCAACUCAUUCAGUCGAGAUAUCGUGAGCGCUCAGCCAAUCCCAAUCUCCCGCCUCAAAGUCGAUGGUUGCGCUUCGACGAAUUAACUCUCCUCUUCAACAUCGCCAUUAAUCCGCACGCAGUUAUCGCGCACACCUUCCCCGCCUCCGAGGGUUGGCCCUUCCCCAUCCAGUUGGGGGCCUGUGGUCGCAUGACCUUGGAAGGGGGGACGGCUAAGUCCCUCUCCCAGUUUAUCUUUGCGCCCGCCAAGCAGAGGCUGCAAAUACUGCGGAGUCUUCUUCAACUGCCCGCAAGUCUUACCUCGAAUUCCACUUUGGGAUGUGUGGAAAGUGCUGAUUUUGCUCUCUACCUCGGUGACUAUCGUUGGGAUGUUUUCGGGGUUGACGUCUUCACCUAUCAGGUCAGUGUGAUCCAAUCGCGACAUCUGAUAGCUGUGGAUUUGCGUGAGAUAGCCAAAUCUCCUUCUCCCUUCAUUGUUGAGUCCAACGCUUCCUACAUACUCCAAGACGGUUGCCACGACUACUCUUUUGCUUCAAACACGCCAUGUUUGUCCGAGGCACACGCCAAUCAGCUUUGCACCAGCAAUCCACCCUCCGAUCACAACUAUUGGGCAGUUUGUAUGGCGACGCUGCUCGAUGAGCGCGUGUUAGUUCGUGACAUGCCUAACGACCUCAUCUUCAGUCUUGAGCAGUGCAUCAAAGACGCCCAGGAUGGAGCUCGGCGGUCCCAUGUGGAAGCUGCUUUGGAGAUAAUUGACCUUGAAUUGGCCAAUUGA